CCCGCGAGCGCGUUGUUGUCUCAAGCUCUCAGCCUCGGCCAGCAGCAGAGCUCGUCGUAGUCGCACGCCCGAGCAGCGCGAGCCUGUUUCGCGGCAUUUCGCGCGAAUGAGAUACGCGACGCUCUGACCAACAAAGCUUCGCGGCACACGCUCUACGCAAUGCCGAGGCGCGUAAGAAAAAAACAAAUCGGGGACGACUUUAAAGUGUUUAAAGCUUCCAAGCGCCACAAAGUGAAACCGAUACGAUCGACAUCUUUAGCAGGCUGCGAAAAUAAAUAAAUAAAAUAAAAGUUGUUUACGCGUUGUUCUAUGCCAGUAGUUUGUGGAAAAUUUGCUGUGUAGUGUGCCAGGCAACAAAGACCACAUCACUGACCACGCUCAACCGUUGUGAAUUUCGUCUCUUAAACUUGCAAAUAUACGCUUGGCUCUUGAUGAGCGACUACUAUGGGUUGUGGCAGCUGGCGUCGCGCAGUGUAACACCCACCCGACUUGAGUGAGCACAGCGAGCAGUCGGCCCCUGCCUUUCGGCACCGCCCCCGCCCCCACAACGCUCGCGCGGCCGGCGUCCGAUGGACAAACGGAAAAUGAUCAACGUGAAACGGCCCCGCAUGGAAAGCAGCAUACGCGGCCCCAUUUCAAAUGGGCCGAUGCAGUCGCGCCCGCUGGUGGCGCUCUUGGACGGCCGCGACUGCUCCAUCGAGAUGCCCAUCCUCAAGGACGUCGCGACGGUGGCGUUCUGCGACGCGCAGUCCACCAGCGAAAUCCACGAGAAGGUGCUCAACGAGGCGGUGGGCGCGCUCAUGUGGCACACCAUCAUCCUCACCAAGGAGGACCUGGAGAAGUUCAAGACGCUGCGCAUCAUCGUGCGCAUUGGAUCCGGCGUGGACAACAUUGACGUGAAGGCGGCGGGCGAGCUGGGCAUCGCCGUGUGCAACGUGCCCGGCUACGGCGUCGAGGAGGUGGCGGACACCACGCUGUGCCUCAUCCUCAACCUUUAUCGGCGCACGUACUGGCUGGCGAACAUGGUGCGCGAGGGCAAGAAGUUUACCGGGCCCGAGCAGGUGCGCGAAGCGGCGCAGGGUUGUGCGCGGAUACGCGGCGACACACUCGGCAUCGUCGGGCUGGGGCGCAUCGGGUCGGCGGUGGCGCUGCGCGCCAAGGCGUUCGGCUUCAACGUGGUCUUCUACGACCCCUACCUGCCCGAUGGCAUCGAGAAGAGCCUCGGGCUGACGCGCGUCUACACGCUGCAGGACCUGCUCUUCCAGUCGGACUGCGUGUCUUUGCACUGUACGCUCAAUGAGCACAACCAUCACCUCAUCAACGAGUUCACCAUCAAGCAGAUGCGGCCGGGCGCCUUCCUGGUGAACACGGCGCGCGGCGGUCUCGUUGACGACGAUGCGCUUGCCUCGGCGCUGAAACAGGGCCGCAUUCGCGCCGCCGCGCUGGAUGUGCAUGAGAACGAGCCGUACAAUGUGUUUACCGGCUCGCUGAAGGAGGCGCCCAAUUUGCUGUGUACGCCGCACGCGGCUUUCUACAGCGACGCGUCGGCGACCGAACUGCGCGAGAUGGCCGCCUCAGAGAUCCGGCGCGCCAUCAUGGGGCGCAUCCCGGAGUGCCUGCGCAACUGCGUCAACAAGGAGUACUUCCUUGGGCCCGGCGCCUACUCAGAAGGUACAGGUAAUAACGGCUUGGCCGCGCCGCGCCCGCAUGCCCCGCCCCACGCCUCGCCCUCGCCCUCAUCCCAUCCGUCCGCGCACGCCCACUCCCUCGCGCCCGCCCCCGGCCCCGUGCCCAGCCUACUUAACGAACGUGUAGUGUCCCCAGCUGGCGUCAACGGCGGCUACUACCAGGGCGGCGCGCUCCCGCCCGUGCAACAGGCGCACUCCACGACGCCGCACGAAACCCCGCACACGGUGACUCCCAGCGUUGCGCCGCCGACCCCCCAGCCGACGCCUCAUGCGGGCGCCGUCAUUCCUCCGCCAGGCCUGUCUAUGAGCACGUCGGACCCUACAAAUCAUCACGCCACGAAACCCGAACCAUCCGAAGUCCACUAACACACCACCACCGAGCAGGAGGAGGAGCCGGAGCAUCGGAGGGACCGCCAGCGCCACCAGUAACGCGCUCGAGGGCUGACGACGGUGAGCACGGCAGCGUCGGUCGAUUCAAUGCAUUACAACACUACGUUCGUCAAUCAUUUCGUUUCGUUCAUUGAGAGUUAUACAUAUCGUGAACGUUGCUUGGACGCAGACAGAGAUAUAACGAGAACAAGACAUCACAAAACCGAAACAGAUUUAAAAAAUUGUUACGUUAAGUUACGAUCGCGAGCCGAGCGCGCCCCCGCGCGACGUCUAAGUUAUUGAUACCACGCUGGCUAGCUACGAUUUACGAUUUUUUAUUUUAAACACACACAAAUGUGCACGUUUAUCGUUCGUAAUAAUGAUUACUACUUGUUACUUAUAGUUUCUUUUUUAUAUGUCGCCUAAGCGUAGAGUUUUGUACAUAUUUUUCAGUGGAAACCGAUUUUAUAUUUUUGUAACGACAUUGAUACGAUAUAAUUGUAAUUAUCACUUAACGUACGGACUGGUGCGGACGAUGAAAAAUCAAAAUAUUUAUAGUGGCGAGAGGGGGUGUGGCUCCGUCGUGUGUUUUUGUUUGUUUUUAAUUAACUAUCGCUUUCAUUUAUAUCAUUACUUUCCGACGACGCCGACCAGCAAGCAGGGCUUUUUCUUGUAAAACGACGGAUAAGCGGCGAGAGGUGUGCGGUUGUCCGUCGAGGUUUCUUUAGAUUUAGUGCAUCGAAUAUACAAACAGAAGAAGAAAAACGCUAGCGGCGGGGGGCGGCGCGCGCAUAUCGCGCUGGCGGUACACGCAGGGCGCCCCUCCCUCGAAUAACUCUAUCAUUACUUUUUUAAUACAUAAGUGCAUUAUAUUGUAGGAUGAAUGGCGGCCCAAACAUGGACAUCUCGCAGGUGUGUUGUGGGCGAUGGCGAUGUUUGGGGCGGCGCUUGGGUGCGUGUGCGAAUGACGAGAAUUUAGCGGAAAAGCAAUGCGAGCGAAUGGUGGGUGCGAGCGAGCGAGCGCGCGAGAAACAUGGAAAUAGUAGCCCAAACUUUUUAUGUUUAAUUCUUAGCAAAUAAAUACUAUAAUUAUAUAUAAACAAAGAAAUAUAUAUAUAUUAUGUGCGAGGGUGGACGGACGGGUGCGGACAUGUGUGUGUCGCGUGCUAAACGAGUGUGUGGUUGGAGAGGGGUUUGUUUUUCUUUACUACUUUGAACACUACUCAAGUGCGGUGUCAGUGCGCGGUGGUUGGACAGGUGUAGCAUACUACUACUCUCGUUUCUAACCGAUUACGUUCUUAAUAACUUCUGGUUCGUUCGAUUCGUUUAUCGUUUACGUUCCUAGUAACACUAGCUGUAAACCAGUAAAAACAUUCUUAAACAAAUCAAUUGAAUGGACGACCGACGAGUAACAACUAACAUCAACAACUACAACAACAACAACGCAUAUUACUUACAACAUCAACACCAGCUAAAACGAAAUAAAUGAUAAAUUAAUGAGAAAUACAUUCCAAGCUUCGUGUACACGUGUAACUCUUCAGGUUAUUCAUAGCAAUCUCGAACUGUGCGUGAGUUUGCCACUUGCAACUAAUGAAAUGCAACCAAAAACGCGAUGAGAACGAAGAGGAGGCGCAGACUAAGCUGAUAUAUUUUUGUAAUCGUCUAAAUGAGUAAUGUUUUAUAAUUGAUAUCAUGUAAUAUGCAUUGUGCGCAAGGAGCUAGUGCUAGCAGAUGGAGAUGAGUUCGAAUAAACACUAUCUGUAUAGAUAUGAUACAUAGUUGCGAGGCGUGUCGAAGGCGAAGAGACUUUAUAGCAGACUGCAUGACACUUGAGACUUUAAUAUCGAACCAAGCAGACUAAACGUGAAUUAAAACCAAGCAGAUUAAAUCACAAACAAAUGGAGAAAACUUUAUAAAUAAAUCAAUUGAAAGCUAACUUAAUGACGAGUUGACGAGGAGAUAAUUUGCAAAAAGAAACAAAACAAAAACAUGUAGGGCUAUUGGACUUCCACAGAUUUUGAAUAAAUACUUAAAUGAU